CCUUCAGUAUCAGGUCAAGUGAAAACGAGAGUCAUUCAACAUAAUACACAACAUGGCGAAGACAAGCGUAGUUAUUGUGGUACUGCUAACAAGCCAGCUAGCUUCUACUUACAUAUGGGAGCGAGAUUCUACUGAAAAUCUAUACUCCGAAUUGCAGAAGAUACCAAGAGCGUCCGUGACCGCGAGAAAACUGGUGCAGAACUUCAUGCAGUAUGAUCGCUCGCUCGGACGCGUCCAACAAAACAUGAUCUUUCUGCUGGAUUCUUCUUUGUCAAUCGGGAAAAGCGGGUUCAAACGACAGGUAUAUGCUGUCCGGUCCAUCAUCCGAAACUGUCCGGCCAACUCCAGAUUCGCAGCAAUAGGUUUCUCUACAAGUGCCAACGUCAGUUUCAAUUUCACGAGCGCGCGAGACGCCGAUAAGUUGCUUCAACAAUUUCAAUAUAUCGGCGCCAUGACCAACACCCAGAAGGCUUUGCAGCAGGCGAUGAACAUGUUUCGUGGCACAAGAAGUUCGCGAUGGAACGUCAUCAAUAAGAUACUUCUAAUCACCGACGGUCUAUCCACUGUGGAUCAGCAACUGACCAUCUAUCGCGGGUUCCAGCUCAAGCGAAUGGGAGUCCAGCUAUUCGUCAUUGCCAUGGGAACCAAAGUGUACGGAAUGCCGGAAGUCCUCGGGCUAGUGUCGUCCGUUCAUCGCCACUUAUUUCGUGUACGGGAUUUGAGCCAGCUACUCUUGGUCACGUGGCGCGCGGAGGCCAGGCUAAAGCGUCGAUGACGUCACUGAUUCUAAGGGAAUGGCGAUUUGCAAAAAAAUCUGAACCCGUGCCAGCCUCGGCUUGAAUUUUUAUUGAAGAAUUACAAGCGAGAGAAACCUUACAACAGCUAGAUAAAAUUUGUAAUAGUGGUCUAAAAAUAAAACUCUGUUUGCCCCCAAAAAA